GGGGCGGGGCCAUCCUGCGUCCGGGGGACACCAGCCGCCCCCUGCCCGGGGAGCUCGAAACCCUCUCCUACACGCUGUGCUCCGACCCCGGCCCACUGCACGGUUGCAGAAUUUCAAGCCCUCAAAUUGUGAGCCAAUGCAGACCAACACGAAAGAGCAUCAUGGGUGUAAAAUUCCUCCAGUGGACCCUUCUCUCACUCUCACUGCUGUCUGUCAUUACGAUGUGGUACCUCAGCUUCUCUUCCUACUCUGUGAUCAAGAAUGUAAACUGGAUGUAUUUCUACGAAUAUGAGCCAGUCUACCGACGGGAAUUGGUCUUCACAUUCCGUGAGCAUUUGACCUGCUCCACUCAAAACCCAUUUCUGGUCAUCUUGGUGACCUCACGGCCUUCAGAAGUAGGAGCAAGGCAGGCUGUUAGGGCUACUUGGGGUGAAAAAAGAUCAUGGUGGGGACACGAGGUCCUAACAUUCUUUUUAGUAGGCCAGCAGGCUCAAAGAGAAGAUAACAUGUUGACAUUAUCAUUAGAAGAUGAAAGUAUCCUCUAUGGGGACAUAAUAGGCCAAGAUUUUGUGGAUACUUAUGAAAACCUGACCUUAAAAACAAUCCUGGCAUUUAGGUGGGUAACUGAGUUUUGCCCUAAUGCCAAGUACAUCAUGAAGACAGACUCUGAUGUCUUCAUCAACACCGGCAAUUUAGUGAAGUUUCUUUUGAAUACAAACUCUUCGGAGAACUUUUUCACGGGCUAUCCUCUCAUCAAUAAUUUUUCCUACAGAGGCUUUUACCAGAAAACUUAUAUUUCGUAUGAAGAAUAUCCUUUUAAGGUGUUUCCUCCUUACUGUAGUGGAAUGGGUUAUGUGCUGUCGGCAGAUUUGGCACCAAGGAUUUAUGAGAUGAUGGGUCAUGUCAAGCCCAUCAAGUUUGAAGAUGCUUAUGUUGGAAUCUGCUUGAACAUAUUAAGAGUGAAUAUUCAUAUCCCAGAAGAUACAAAUCUUUUCUUUUUAUAUAAGAUCAGCUUCAACAUCUGCAAGUUCAGGCACUUGAUUGCAGCCCACGACUUUUCUGCAAAUGAAAUGAUGAGAUUUUGGCAGGAAUUACAGAGAGCCACAACAGUAACUUGUCCGUGAUUUUUCAUUCUCUCUUCACGUUGAUUAUUUUGUGCACCCUAUCUAACUUGAACACUGAACUCUGGAAAGUUCUGCGAAAGUCAUCAUAGUGGCCGGAGUUUAGCUGUAACUCAAUCCAUAGCACCAGUGUCAUAUCGGGAAUUUGUUUAUUUUGGAUAUUCCAGAUACAGUUAAGCCCUCCCAGAAUUUGUUGUUUUUUUAAUUGUAAUUUUACCUAAAACUUCCUUAGAGGUAAUAGAAAAUUGUGGACUAAUAAACGGAACCUCAAAUUUUGGAUGAA